UCGUUGGGCUCGAGGUGGGCUAAUAUCAGAUGUUGUUGACACAGAAAGAGGACCUGAGAACUCCUUUCAAACAGAAACAAUGAAGUUCGUGCGGUUCAUAAUGAAAAACGCUGCUCUGGCCAGCGCGCCGAAGCACAUCGACCAUUUCUCCAAAUUCUCUCCAUCCCCGCUGUCCAUGAAGCAGUUCAUCGAUUUCGGUUCCAUCAAUGCCUGCGAGAAGACAUCCUUCGUGUUUUUGAGGCAGGAGCUCCCCGUGAGGCUCUCAAACAUCAUGAAGGAAAUUAACCUGUUGCCUGACAAGCUGCUCACGACCCCGUCAGUGCAAAUGGUGCAAAGAUGGUAUAUCCAGAGUCUGAUGGAGAUCCUUGACUUCCUAGACAUGAAUCCAGAUGAUCACAAAGUCCUUGCAGAGUUUGUUGACGCCUUGGUUACCAUCAGAAACAGACACAAUGAAGUGGUGCCGACCAUGGCACAGGGUGUCCUGGAAUACAAAGAGGCCUUCUCCCAAGACGUGGUGACCAAUCAGAACAUCCAGUACUUCCUGGAUCGCUUCUACAUGAGCCGCAUCUCCAUUCGAAUGCUCAUCAACCAGCACACUCUUGUUUUUGAUGGCACCACCAACCCGGUCCACCCAAACACCAUUGGAAGCAUUGACAGUCGCUGCGAAGUGGCAGACGUGGUUCAGGAUGCUUUCCACAGUGCCAAGAUGCUGUGUGACCAGUACUACCUCUGCUCUCCUGAUCUAGUGCUACAAGAGAUGAACCACAACAACAAGAAUCAUCCCAUAAACAUCGUGUACGUGCCCUCUCAUCUUUAUCACAUGCUCUUUGAGCUCUUCAAGAACGCCAUGCGAGCUACGAUUGAAACCCAUGAGAGCAGCAACAACCUGCCGCCCAUCAAAGUCAUGGUGUCGCUGGGCAGCGAGGACAUGUCCAUCAAGGUGAGCGACAUGGGAGGCGGCGUGCCGUUCCGCAGGAUCGACAACCUCUUCAGCUACCUGUACUCCACAGCCCCCGCCCCCCAGAUGGGAGAGCACUCGCGGCCGCCGCUGGCUGGCUUCGGCUAUGGUCUUCCCAUCUCUCGUCUUUAUGCAAAGUACUUCCAAGGGGACCUGCAGCUUUACUCCAUGGAGGGCUACGGCACAGACGCCGUCAUCUACUUGAAGGCACUGUCCACAGAUUCCAUCGAGAGGCUUCCAGUGUACAACAAAACAGCUCUGAAGAACUAUAAGAUGAGCCAGGAGGCCGAUGACUGGUGUGUCCCCAGCAGAGAGCCGCUGGACCUGAGGAAGUACAAGGUGGCGUAAUGGAGAGAGCCUUCAGGACCACACAGCAUCACGCCUCCAAAAAUAUGUCCUUUAUAUUCCGCUGACAUCAUCCGCCUGGGCAGAUGAGCACUGGACCUCAUUAAAGGCAGAGGAUCCUCCCGAGACCAGCGCAGAUUUCAGGCUUUGUGUAGAAGUAGCAUCUUGUGUUCAGCUUCUCCCUUUCAGCUAUACCUUUUGGGUUUUUUGUUUUGUUUUGUUUUGUUGAAAAAGAAAUCGACAAAUGCCAAACGGUUAUCAACAGGAUGCCUGAUGAAAUCCCCUGGGUGAAGAGUGUCGCUGAGACAGACCCGGCUCACGCGGGGAGAGUUCAGAGUCGGGCCAGUGGGGAGAGACGGAGGCAGCUCCCAGCAUGCUCUGGGUAUCUAAAACAAGGAUAGUGAGGAGGUAUUCACCUAACAGGGAAAACCUGUUUUUCAGCCUUAUAGUAGCAAAAGUUGACCUAGAAACGCAUUUUAUUGAAAUACUUGAAGUAUUAAAAUGUAUAAUUUGCACCUUGUUGAAUCUGACGGUGUUGUGCCGCUGUUGUGUCGGUAGAUAUGAUGAACAAAUGGAGGAUCUUCAGUGGUUCUGGAUGGACGUUUGUUUCAUGGUUCAGCUUUUAAACAUGUUUGUGUUGACUGUCGUCUUAACAUCAGCUCCCUGAACCAGGCUGAAUGUAAUCCUUCAUCUAUGCAGCCAUUUGUAAUAUCUCCAAGUGCUUUAUCGCAGAAUCCACAGCUCCGUGGGGUCCGAGUUCUCUGUGGAGUCACAGCCAGCCGUGCGAGUGUUUGCCCACCUGGGUGUAGGGCUGAAUAAGGCUUCGGCCCUGUCGUUACAGACACGUGUUGCUCAGCCCCACAGGGCGGCGUGCUUGAGAUCGCUACCCAUCUACGGCUCAGUCAGGCCAGUUUCAGAACUUUUCGUAUUUUGUGCCAAAUUGGGAAAAAAAAAGAUAAAAAGAAUUCCCAGGGUCCAUAUUUGUUCUGAACGAACAGUUUUCCUUUGUAUUUAUCUGAAUGACACAGUAUGUAUAAGGUUAUUUUUUUAUACAGUAGCUGCACUUUUUGUGACUGAAAUGAUUGUAAAUGAUGUAAAUAAAAAGAGAAGUACCUGAA